AUGAACUCUAAUUUAAAAAUAAUUAUUUUUAUAGGCGAUUCUGGUUAUUUAAUUUGCCGUGGGGGAAAAGUAAUUUUUCGUUCACCAGAACAAACACACUAUUUUAAUGCUCCAUAUCAACUUACAAUACUUCCAGAACAAAUGCUCAACGAAAAGAAAUCAUUUUUAUUAGACAAACCAGAAUGUUCAGAAUUGAGAGAACAUGAAUUGCAAUCUGGAGAUCUCAUCUUAAUGGCGACUGAUGGUUUAUGGGAUAAUUGCCAUAUUGGAACUAUCGCUAGACUUUUAUAUGGUGAUGAAGAUGAAAAUAAUAUUAAUGAGAAAGAAGAAACCCAACAACCAAAAAUGUCACAAGCUUCACUUCAAGCUCGUUGUAAUUCUUUAGCAUUAAUUGCCAGACAUUUAUCAGCUGAUGAGCAUUAUAUUUCGCCUUUUACACAAAGAGCAUUAAAACAUGGAAUUAAAGCUCCUGGAGGUAAACCGGAUGAUGUGACGAUUAUUUUAUUUCAAGUUUCUUGA